AUGUUCGGCGUGACGCCGGUCAUCUCCGUGUUCGGUGUCGUCGGCAACAUCUUCAGCAUUAUCGUCCUGAUCAAACAAGGCAUGAGGAAGUGUUCCAACAUCCUGCUCGUGUCGCUGGCCUUCUCGGACAUCACGUUUCUCAUAGCGUUCAACAGCGUCCCGAAGAUCAUCUACGAGGCGGUUUGGAACCACGAGUACGUCGGAUACUCUCUGACCGACACCCGUGUUUUAUUUACGGCUUUCAACGUCUUCACCAUCCUAGACUAUUCAUUCGGUUUGAUGGGCCUGACCCUCCCGAUGCUAAUAACUAUAGAACGCCUUGUGGUCAUCUUUCUUCCGUUACACUUUCAUCGCGUCGUUACGCCUGGCAGGACUUGGCUGGCUGUUGUGACUCUUGGGGUGUAUGGUCUGUCGAUCUUCGUCUACUCCAGCUUCUGGCUGGAGCUGAACUACGACCUCGACCCCGCGAAAAACACAUCCGUUGGCAUUAUACAAAGAUCUGUUUUUUUCUACGAGAACAGCAACGCGUCUGCUUUCCUUGAAGAUUUCCUGAUCUACUCCUCCAUGAUCAUUCCCCCGCUCUUCACCGCCCUGGGCUGUCUGAUCAUCUCAGUCAAGAUCAAGGUCACGUCAAUCAUGCGGAAAAAGAUGACUUCGAAACGCAGCUCGUGCAGCCGGACCACGAGAACUCUGCUGGCCGUCUGCUUCAUCUACACAGUUUCUUCGACGAUCCUAUCCCUACCUCUGUAUAUUCCUGAGCAAGUGUCCUACUCUCUGACUGAAGAGAAUCCCUCCAGCAGCGGCAAAAUAUUCUAUCAGCUGAUCAACACGGCGGUGUGCAUCAACAGUUCCAGCAAUUUUGUGGUUUACGUCGUGCUCAACAAGAACUUCCGCGAGACUUACAAACGUUUGUUUAGGAACUGUUGUAGAGCUGUGGACAAGCCUGGCACAUUUGUU